AUGUCAAGUGCUGGAUCCUUAGAGACGGUGAUGUCCUGCGCCAGGACCGGAGCCUCCGCGGCGGGCGGCGGCGGCCCCAAGACGCUCGCCUUCUCAAUAGAGCGAAUUAUGUCCAAAAGCUCGGAGCCCAAAUUGAGCGCCCAGGAGGAGCGCUCCGAGAGCAAGAAGCUGCUGGGACUCUGCUCUCCGAUCCCCUGCAUGAUCCCGCUGCAGCCUUUCGGCUGCUACGACCUCCAGGCCAAGGCCCUGAUGAACUACUCGGAGCUUUGGAGAGCGAGUCUCAGGGGAGGUUUCUGCGGCUCCGCCACCGCGCACUGCAAGGGCAACUGCGGCAUGUGCGCCAAGGUGGACUGCGGAAGCAGGCUGCUGGUGAAACCGCAAGUCAUCCACCAGGCCGUCGCCAUGCCAAGUGGCGGCUUGGGCGGCGGCGGCGGAGGCGGCGGCGGCGGCUCUCUCUAUUAUCUCAACUACCUGGACUCUGCCUAUCCCCAGUCGGACUUUGUGGCGGCGGCGGCGGCGGGCCACUGGCUCAGCAGCCCGCAGGCGCAGGCCUCCCUCUCGGCUCACCACAGACUUUUGCUCCUGGAAAACUCCAAAGUGGCUGGCAACGCGGGGACUGACAAAAUUCCUACGCAUCACUAUCCUCACAAGGAGCAUCUUCCGGGGCAGCUGGACCAGAUCGUCAAGGAGAACCACAAUGUGAACGCCGAAAAGAACGCGUUCAAGACUCACAAACUCGGCAGCGGCGGCGGCGGCGGCGGCGGCGGCGGCGGAGGAGACGGGAAAAACAAAAAUUUCACCUGUGAAGUGUGUGGAAAGGUUUUUAAUGCUCACUACAAUCUGACCAGACACAUGCCGGUGCACACGGGGGCUCGUCCCUUCGUGUGUAAAGUGUGCGGGAAAGGCUUCCGACAAGCCAGCACCUUGUGCAGACACAAGAUCAUCCACACACAGGAAAAACCACACAAAUGCAACCAGUGCGGAAAGGCGUUCAACCGAAGCUCCACGUUGAACACACACGUUCGGAUCCACGCCGGCUACAAACCUUUUGUGUGCGAGUUCUGCGGAAAAGGAUUCCACCAAAAAGGCAACUACAAGAACCACAAAUUAACUCACAGUGGCGAGAAGCAGUACAAGUGCUCCAUUUGCAACAAGGCCUUCCAUCAGAUUUAUAACUUGACCUUCCACAUGCACACACACAACGACAAGAAGCCCUUCACCUGUGCCACCUGUGGCAAGGGCUUCUGCCGCAACUUUGACCUGAAGAAACACAUCAGGAAACUCCACGACAGCUUCUCUUCUGCGCCAGACAGAGAAGCCAGAGAGAUCCAGAGCUGA